AUGGCGACCGCUUCUCAGUCGCAUCCUCACCCUCACCUCCACUCUCACUCCCAUCCCCACCGUUAUAUUGGUCCUCCAUCCGUCGUACCCGGCGAUGCUCUGAAUCGCAUCCUCGCUGACCUCUGCACCCGUGGCAACCCUAAGGAAGGUGCUUCUUUAGCUUUUAAGAAACAUCUGGAAGAAGAAGCUAGAGACCUGAGCGGUGAAGCUUUUUCUCGAUUUAUGGAUCAAUUGUAUGAUAAGAUAUCAAGUCUUUUAGAGAGUAGUGAUGUUGCUGAGAAUCUUGGAGCUCUUAGGGCAAUUGAUGAGUUAAUUGAUGUGGCGCUUGGAGAGAAUGGUUCCAAGGUCUCUAGAUUCUCAAGUUAUAUGAGGACUGUUUUUGAGGCGAAGCGUGAUCCUGAGAUUUUGGUUCAUGCUAGUAGGGUUCUUGGUCACCUAGCUAGAGCUGGUGGAGCUAUGACUGCUGAUGAAGUUGAACGCCAGGUUAAAAUUGCACUCGAUUGGCUUGAAGGGCCCAGAGUGGAGUAUCGGCGUUUUGCUGCUGUUUUAAUCUUGAAAGAAAUGGCAGAAAAUGCUUCAACUGUUUUCAAUGUCCAUGUCCCGGAAUUUGUAGAUGCUAUCUGGGUUCCUUUGCGAGAUCCAGCAUUGCCAGUUCGUGAGAGGGCUGUGGAGGCAUUGCGUGCCUGUCUUAAUGUUAUUGAAAAGCGCGAGACACGAUGGCGUGUACAAUGGUAUUAUCGAAUGUUUGAGGCCACACAGGAUGGAUUAGGUAAAAAUGCCCCAGUGCACAGUAUACACGGUUCAUUGCUUGCUGUUGGAGAACUUUUGAGGAAUACUGGAGAGUUCAUGAUGUCAAGAUACCGAGAAGUUGCCGAAAUUGUUCUUAGAUAUCUAGAGCACCGGGAUCGACUUGUUCGCUUGAGCAUAACUUCGUUGCUACCUCGGAUUGCACAUUUUCUGCGUGAUCGUUUUGUUACCAACUAUUUAACUAUAUGCAUGAAUCAUAUUCUUUCCGUCUUGAAAGUUCCUCAAGAUCGUGAUAGUGGGUUUAUUGCUCUCGGAGAGAUGGCUUUAGCACUGGAUGGGGAACUUAGCCAUUAUUUGCCGACCAUAUGUACUCAUUUACGCGAGGCAAUUGCUCCCCGUAGGAAUAAACCUUCACUUGAGGCCUUGGCAUGUGUGGGAAAUAUAGCAAAAGCAAUGGGGCCUACUACUGAACCUCAUAUUCGUGGCCUUCUGGAUGUUAUGUUUUCAUCUGGUCUUUCGACUGUUCUUGUGGAAACUCUUGAGCAAAUAAGUAUGAGCAUUCCAUCUCUGAUGCCAACCAUUCAAGACCGGCUACUGGACAGUAUAUCUAUGGUUCUUUCUAAAUCUCCUUAUCUAGGGAGGCCUGUGCAAAGCAUCGGUAAAGGAACAAUUAUAAAUAUCAGUCAGCAAGUUUCAGAGCUUAGUGGUUCUGCUCUUAUACAGCUUGCUUUGCAGACCCUUGCCCGCUUUAACUUUAAGGGCCAUGAUCUACUUGAAUUUGCGAGGGAAUCGGUUGUUGUCUAUUUGGAUGACGAGGAUAGAUCUACACGAAAAGAUGCAGCUCUAUGUUGUUGCAAAUUAAUUGCUACUUCUUUCUCUGGUAUUGCGAGCGCACAUUUUGGUUCUAACAGGCUGUCUCGAUCAGGAGGGAAGCGCCGCCGUCUUGUUGAGGAGCUUGUGGAGAAGCUUCUCAUUUCUGCUGUUGCAGAUGCUGAUGUUACUGUACGCCACUCUAUCUUCACUUCUGUUCAUGGAGAUAGAGGUUUUGAUGAGUAUUUGGCACAGGCUGACAAUUUGAGUGCAGUAUUUGCUGCUUUAAAUGACGAGGAUUUUGAUGUUCGAGAGUAUACAAUUUCUGUGGCUGGAAGGUUGUCAGAGAAAAAUCCUGCAUAUGUUCUUCCAGCUCUUCGUCGAUAUCUCAUACAGUUGUUAACAUACUUGGGGCAAAGUGCAGAUAGCAAAUGCAAGGAGGAAAGUGCGAAGUUAAUCGGCUGUUUGAUAAGGAAUUGUGAAAGACUAAUACUUCCGUACAUUGCUCCAAUUCAUAAGGCACUUGUGGCCAGACUUCUUGAUGUUAGUGCCAAUAUUGGAAUUAUAAGUGGAGUCCUUGUAACUGUGGGGGAUCUUGCUAGGGUGGGCGGUUUUGCAAUGAGGCAAUACAUUCCUGAACUUAUGCCUUUAAUUGUUGAUGCUUUAUUGGAUGGAGCAGCUGUCUCCAAACGUGAAAUAGCUGUUGCUACCCUUGGUCAAGUUGUACAGAGCACUGGGUAUGUUAUUACUCCAUAUAACGAGUAUCCACAAUUACUUGGGUUACUCUUAAAAUUACUGAAUGGUGAGCUAGUGUGGUCUACCAGACGCGAAGUAUUGAAGGUUCUUGGCAUAAUGGGUGCUUUGGAUCCUCAUUUGCAUAAACGAAAUCAAAAAGCACUUCCAGGGCCUCAUGGAGAAGUUACGCGCCCUGCUUCUGAUUCAAGUCAACAGAUUCAGUCUAUCGAUGAAUCUCCCAUGGACUUGUGGCCAUCUUUCGCUUCAUCAGAUGACCAUUAUUCCACGGUUGCCAUUAAUUCUCUCAUGCGGAUUUUGAGGGACCCGUCACUUGCUAGUUAUCACUUAAAGGUGGUUGGGUCUCUGAUGUUCAUAUUCAAGUCAAUGGGACUAGGAUGCGUUCCAUACUUGCCAAAGGUUUUGCCUGAUCUCUUUCACACUGUUCGUACAUGUGAAGAUAGUUUGAAGGACUUUAUAACAUGGAAGCUUGGAACUCUGGUGUCAAUUGUGCGCCAGCACAUUCGAAAAUAUUUGCAAGAUUUGCUUUCUUUGGUUUCAGAGUUAUGGUUAGCAUUCUCUCUUCCAGCACCAACUCGUCCUACCCUUGGCUAUCCGGUACUUCACCUGGUAGAACAACUUUGCUUGGCUCUUAAUGAUGAAUUUAGGACAUAUCUACCGGUUAUUCUGCCGAGAUGUAUUCAGAUAAUUAGUGAUGCAGAACGGUGCAAUGAUUACACUUAUGUUCUUGAUAUUCUCCACACCCUAGAAACUUUUGGUGGGACCUUGGAUGAACACAUGCAUCUACUUCUCCCUGCUCUUAUUAGGCUGUUUAAAGUGGAUACCUCAGUUACCAUAAGACGUGCUGCAAUUCAAACUUUAACAAGAUUGAUCCCUCGUGUGCAGGUCACUGGUCACAUAUCCGCUCUCGUUCAUCACUUGAAGUUAGUUUUGGAUGGGAAAAACGAUGAGCUCCGAAAGGAUGCUGUUGAUGCACUUUGCUGUCUGGCUCAUGCCCUUGGCGAGGAUUUCAAGAUUUUUAUACCAUCAAUAAACAAACUUCUUCGGAAAUAUCAAUUGCAGCACAAGGAGUUUGAGGAAAUUGAAGGCCGUUUACAGAGACGUGAGCCGCUAAUCCUUGGGACCACAGCAACUCAAAGACUGAACCGUCGACUUCCUGUUGAGGUUAUUAGUGAUCCGCUAGAUGAUGCGGAGAAUGAUCCUUAUGAAGCUGGAUCUGAUGCUCACAAACUCAAAGGACAUCAGGUUAAUGAUAGUCGAUUGCGGUCUGCUGGGGAAGCUUCUCAGCGAAGUACAAGGGAAGAUUGGGCAGAAUGGAUGAGACAUUUUAGCAUUCAACUUCUGAAGGAAUCUCCUUCUCCAGCCCUACGAACCUGUGCUAGGCUUGCACAGUUACAGCCUUUUAUUGGGAGGGAAUUGUUUGCGGCUGGAUUUGUCAGCUGUUGGGCACAGUUGAAUGAGGCCACUCAGAGGCAUAUGGUUCGAAAUCUUGAAAUGGCAUUUUCUUCUCCACAUAUUCCUCCGGAAAUAUUGGCGACUCUUCUCAAUUUGGCCGAGUUCAUGGAACAUGAUGAGAAACCUCUUCCUAUUGACAUUCGCCUUCUGGGUGCUCUUGCAGAGAAGUGUCGUGCAUUUGCAAAGGCCUUGCACUAUAAAGAAAUGGAAUUUGAAGGAGCUCGUUGCACCAAGAUGGAUGCUAAUCCAGUUUCUGUAGUUGAAGCUCUUAUUCAUAUAAACAACCAAUUGCACCAACACGAGGCUGCAGUUGGAGUAUUGACCUAUGCUCAACAACAUCUAGAAUUUCAACUUAAGGAGUCAUGGUACGAGAAACUGCAGCGAUGGGAUGAUGCUCUCAAGGCAUAUACUGCAAAGGCAUCUCAAGUAACAAGUGCGCAACUUGUGUUGGACACUGCUUUAGGUAGGAUGAGAUGCCUUGCUGCAUUAGCUCGAUGGGAAGAGUUAAGUGAUCUAUGUAAGGAAUAUUGGACCCCAGCAGAUGCAGUAACCCGUCUUGAAAUAGCACCAAUGGCUGCUAAUGCUGCUUGGAACAUGGGAGAAUGGGACCAAAUGGCUGAAUAUGUGUCUCGGUUAGAUGAUGGCGACGAAACAAAAAUUCGAACUGCAGGAAAUAAUGCUUCUAGCAGUGACGUGAGUAGUAAUGGCACCUUCUUCAGGGCUGUUCUAUCAGUUCGCAGAGGAAAGUACGAUGAAGCACGGGAGUAUGUUGAAAGAGCUAGAAAAUGUCUGGCAACAGAGCUUGCUGCUUUGGUUUUGGAGAGCUAUGAGCGGGCUUACAGCAAUAUGGUUCGUGUUCAGCAGCUAUCUGAACUAGAAGAGGUGAUUGAUUACUGUACACUUCCUAUUGGAGACAGAGUUGCUGAAGAGCGACGGGCUCUUAUUCGCAACAUGUGGACUCAGCGUAUAGAAGGAGCCAAGAGCAAUGUUGAGGUUUGGCAGGCACUUUUGGCUGUUAGAACACUUGUGCUGCCACCUGGGGAAGACAUUGAAACGUGGCUAAAAUUUGCUUCCCUUUGCAGAAAAAGUGGGCGCAUUAACCAAGCAAGAUCUACUUUAGUUAAACUUCUACAGUAUGACCCUGAAAUAACACCUGAAAAUGUGCGAUAUCAUGGCCCACCUCAAGUGAUGCUUGCAUACUUGAAGUUCCAGUGGUCACUUGGUGAGGAUUCAAAGCGCAGAGAAGCAUUUGUUAGGCUACAGGAUUUAGCUAUGGAAUGUUCAAAUGUACCCAACAUUCAGCCAGUUACACACCCGGUCUUCACUAGUGGUUUAAAUCCAAGUGUUCCUCUCCUUGCUCGUGUUUAUCUGAAUCUUGGCUCCUGGCAGUGGACACUUUCUCCUGGACUGGUUGAGGAAUCCAUAAAAGAUAUACUCGAUGCAUUCUCAAAAGCUACUCAAUAUGCAAAUAAAUGGGCCAAAGCCUGGCAUAAAUGGGCAUUGUUCAAUACAGCAGUGAUGUCUCAUUAUACUUUAAGAGGUUUCCCAGACAUUGCGGCACAGUUUGUUGUUGCUGCUGUCACCGGAUACUUUCAUUCUAUAGCAUGUGCAGCAAAUUCGAAAGGUGUUGACGGGAGUUUACAGGAUAUUCUUCGCCUUUUGACACUAUGGUUCAACCAUGGAGCUACUGCAGAAGUUCAAACGGCCCUAACGAAAGGAUUUUCCCUAGUAAAUAUCAACACAUGGCUAGUUGUUCUGCCUCAAAUUAUUGCCAGGAUACACUCUAAUAACCAUGCCGUGAGAGAGUUGAUACAAUCACUGUUGGUUCGAAUUGGGCAAAACCAUCCACAGGCUCUCAUGUAUCCUUUGCUUGUGGCCUGUAAAUCAAUAAGCAACUUACGUAAAGCUGCAGCUCAGGAAGUUGUGGACAAAGUUCGGCAGCACAGUGGUGUACUUGUGGAUCAGGCCCAACUUGUAUCAAAAGAGCUUAUCAGAGUUGCUAUUCUUUGGCACGAGCUCUGGCAUGAAGCACUUGAAGAAGCCAGUCGUCUUUAUUUUGGUGAACAUAAUAUUGAAGGGAUGUUAAAGGUGUUGGAGCCACUGCAUGAAAUGCUUGAGGAUGGUGCAAUGAAAAACAAUGCUACCAUAAAGGAGAGAGUAUUUAUUGAGGCCUAUCGACAGGAAUUGUUGGAGGCAUAUGAAUGCUCUAUGAAUUACAAGAGAACUGGGAAAGAUGCUGAGCUUACUCAGGCAUGGGAUAUCUAUUAUCAUGUAUUCAGAAAGAUAGAUAAGCAACUUCAAAGUCUUGCUACUUUAGACUUGGAGACGGUUUCUCCAGAAUUGCUAGAGUGCCGAAAUUUAGAGCUUGCCGUUCCUGGGACAUACUGCGCUGAUGCACCAGUGGUUACUAUUGCAUCAUUUGCACCCCAGCUUGUUAUCAUACCAUCUAAGCAACGGCCCAGGAAAUUAACUAUUCAUGGGAGUGAUUGUGAGGAUUAUGCCUUCUUAUUGAAGGGGCACGAGGAUUUACGCCAGGAUGAACGAGUCAUGCAGCUUUUCGGUUUGGUGAAUACCCUGCUUGAGAAUUCUCCUAAAACAGCUGAGAAAGAUCUGUCGAUUGAACGAUAUGCUGUGAUCCCUUUAUCUCCAAACAGUGGUCUAAUUGAAUGGGUCCCAAAUUGUGAUACUUUGCAUUCACUUAUCAGGGAGUACAGAGAUGCUAGAAAGGUCAUCUUGAAUCAUGAACACAAAUGCAUGCUCAGUUUUGCACCUGAUUAUGACCAUUUGCCUCUUAUAGCUAAAGUGGAGGUGUUUGAGUAUGCUUUGCACAAUACUGAAGGAAAUGACCUAGCAAAGGUGCUUUGGUUAAAAAGUCGAACUUCCGAGGUAUGGCUCGAGAGGAGAACAAAUUAUACCAGAAGUUUGGCAGUUAUGAGCAUGGUUGGCUACCUUCUUGGGUUGGGUGAUCGUCAUCCAAGCAAUCUCAUGUUGCACCGGUUUAGCGGCAAGAUUUUACACAUCGAUUUUGGAGACUGUUUUGAAGCAUCGAUAAAUCGAGAGAAGUUCCCGGAGAAGGUACCAUUUCGCUUGACAAGAAUGCUUGUGAAAGCUAUGGAAGUUAGUGGAAUCGAAGGAAAUUUCCGCUCCACUUGUGAAAAUGUUAUGCAAGUUUUGAGAACAAAUAAAGAUAGUGUUAUGGCCAUGAUGGAGGCCUUUGUACAUGAUCCUCUUAUAAAUUGGCGUCUUUUCAACUUCAAUGAAGUUCCGCAAAUGUCCAUGCUUACUAGCAAUCAUGCACCUCCUACUGUAACUAGUGAAGAAUCUGGCCCAAAUCGAGAGCUUCCUCAUCCUCAGCGUGGUGUCCGUGAAAGGGAACUUCUUCAGGCGGUUAAUCAACUCGGUGAUGCUAACGAGGUUCUGAAUGAGCGUGCCGUGGUUGUCAUGGCUCGUAUGAGUAACAAGCUUACCGGUCGGGAUUUUUCAACUUGCUCUUCAGUAUUAAACAACUCCCUUCAGAAUGCAGUGGACCAUAGCAACUUAAAUUCUGGAGACUCUCGGGAAAUUGAUCAUGCUUUAUCUGUGAAAUUGCAAGUACAAAAAUUAAUUUCCCAUGCUACCUCACAUGAAAAUCUAUGUCAAAACUACGUUGGGUGGUGCCCUUUCUGGUAA